AUGAUUGUGGAAGGAGCAUCAAUACUCAAUGGCCUUGGUUAUAAUGGAAAGGACCAAAAAGGACGAGAUAGAUGGGAUGGCGUCAGAGACAUCCAUGUUUUGAAAUGGGAACUGGGAAAAGAUUUUACAGACUGCAUCCAAUCAUUCAAUUGUGGGACAAAUACUUGGGCUAAAAAUCAUGUCCUUCGACGGUUACGGUGGCUAGAUAACAAACCGUUGGCACAUGUGGCCACCCUAGCUUAUCUAGCCAUAUGGCAUGGCUAUCACCUGGGAUAUUUCCUACUUUUUGGUCUGGAAUUUGGUGCAGUGCAUGCUCAGCAGCAGUUAUACAAGCUCAUUGAUCGAACUCCUGGUUGGGCGGAGUUGAUUGCAAAGCCAAAUGCUCGACCGUUUAUCCAGUUAUUUGGACGUAUAGUCACAGCAUACACAAUGGGAUUUGCAUUUUUAACGAUGGGUCUUGUAAAGACAAGAUAUUGGAUUGGGGUAGGUUUACUGUUCGACUAUCAAAUUAGAUACAGUCGAGUAGAUUUUCCGCUCAAUAUAGUGUGUUUGCACUGUAGGUGAAA